AUGAAUACAAUGAAUCAAACAGAGUUACAAAUGGUUGAUACAAGCAAUUUACAUAAUCCUUGUGAAAUUAAUCAUGAAUUAACAAAACCAUUGGUCUUAUUUCUUAAUUCAAGAAAAGAAGUACUUUCAUCAGCUCCAACAUCUCCAAAUAGUAGUGAGAAUGAAACACCUGGUCCUAUGUCUUCAAUAAAAUUUCAAUAUACAAAAGAUUCAAGAAAAUGUUAUCGAAAAAUGAUGUCACAAACAAAUUGGCGUAAACGUCAAGGAAUGACUCUACGUUGUGGUCCAUUCUUUAGUCGUACACAUAAUGGACUUAUUAAUUCACCAUAUCAAUCAGAUGUUAGUCAAUCAGCACCAAGUAGUCCUACAAUUGAUACAUAUGAAACAUUACCACUUAUUCCGAAUGCAUCAACAACAAUAGAUCAGGGCAUAGAACAAAUCAAUUCAAAACCAUUCAGCGUUACAGGACAUUCAAAUUCACUGUAUACGGAAUCCAAAAAUGAUGAAUAUAAAAGUUUAGGAACAUCUUGUUUAACUACUAAUAAAGUGAAAUACUCUGAAUCCACAUUACUAUCUUUGAUGCAACGUCUUGGGAUACAGUCUGUUUGGCCUUGUCUACUAAAACAUGGAGUUGUAGAUGUUGAUCGAUUAAGUAAAUUAACUAGAAAUGAAUUAAUUGAAAUGGGUGUUACAGAUGCUGAAACAAGGGCAACAUUAAUGACAGCUGCUCAACUACUUACAGAUUCAUGGUUAAAUCCUUCAUUAUUUCAUAAAACAUUGAAUAGAUCAUUGGAAAAGAAUCCGAAAGAUUUUAUUGAUUUACAAACUAUUCAUGAUUCUGGUAUAUCAAGUGGAACUGAUAAUACUACUACUACUCAUUCAUAUUUAACAUAUAAACCAAAAUUUAUAAAUUUUUGUAAUAAUAACACAAAUGAAUCAAAACAUCAUCAAGAAGAGAUUUCAUCGAAUAAAUUAGAACGAAUGGAACAACAUCAAUCACGAUGGGGUUAUGGUCAACCAAUAUCUACUGAGCAUAAUGGAUCUAUUAAAAUGACUUCAUAUGAAGAAAUCGAUUUAAAUAUACCAAUCAGACAAAAUGUUGGAUCUUAUCAAACAAUAAACUCUGAUAAGAAUUCAUUUCAAAAUGUUUCUAGAUUAUUUGGAGAAAUGCAAUGUCAGUCACAGAAACAUCCAGUAGGUAUUCUACGAAACAGUAGACUAUCCAGAGAUAAUCAACCUGAAAUCGAUAAUGUAAAACGAUCAUCAUCAACUACACCAAAAACUGUGAAAAUUGAUGAACGAUUUCUAUUGUCAUCAUCAAGACAUCAACAACAACAACAAAAGAAAGAAAGUAAUCUAUUGAAUACACCGAUGCAACCAUCACAGACUCCUUCCCUAACGACGGCUGCAAGUCACUUUGUACAGUAUCCUCAACCUAAUCAACAUCAUAUCUCUAAUUCAGUACAAUCAAUAAAUGAAGAUGCAAAGAAUGUAUACAUUCAACAUAUUUAUUUAGCUAGGUAUAUAUUAAGAAAGAAAUUAAACUCGGAACAUAUUGAUCUUACUCAACCACCUUAUUCUGAUGAGACUGGUCGAGCAAAUAUUCCUUUACGUUUAAUACAACGUUAUUCAUUUGAAACAAAUUUGGAUCUUCUUACUGUUGCUAUGGCAUUAGAAGCUGAAAGGGAUACUAAUUUAAGGGAGAUACGAAGACCUGUAAUAUCAUUUAAUGAAGAGAUUCGAUCACAACGUUUUCUUAAUUGUGAUGGUAUCAAAACAGGAAGUUUACAAGAAUUUUUAAUAACAAUCGGUUUACCUAUGUAUAUAAAUCAUAUAUUACAUUAUAAUAGUAUUACUACAAACAGUACGAUUACUAAUAGUAAUAGUACUACUACUAAUAAUAGUAGUAGUACUAAUAGUACAAAUAAACAUAAUCAUAAAUGUCUAUUAAUGACACCAGCAGAUUUACUGAAUAUGUCCAAUGGUCAAUUACAAGAGAAAUUCAAUUUCCUACCUAUUCAUAUUCAAUGGCUUCGUCAAGAAGCUUCAGUAAUUCCAUGGAUACUAUUAGGUCAAACAAAUUCAACAAAAUAUUCUACUAUGAAUAAUUGUACAACAAAUAAUAAUAAUAAUAUCUAUAGUUUACCACGUCAUUCAAUCAUGAAUAAUUGUUGUCGAAGAAGUUCAUCACAAUUAAGAAAAUUACAACAGUAUCCACAACAACAACAACCUCCACCACAACCCGCACCCCCAUCACAACAACAACAACAACAACAGAAGCGUUCAACUCAACCAUUCAACAAUCAUUGUCAACAUUAUCCAUUACAAGAUUAUCAUGAAGGACAUGAACAAUCAGAUCAUUUCAUUAAUUUAGAACAUCUUGUUGAUAAAGUUUAA